AUGGAUCUCAGAAUUUCUUAUACGCAAAAGGGUGAAAGAAUCAAUCACUCACUGUUGACGGCUGUGGCUUUCUUAUACAUUGAUUUGCUGAAGAACACCAGUUUCGGGGCUGCUUCCCCCGCACAUGUCAUGAGAACAUUCCAAGAGCUGAGCCCCAUGAUAAACAAGAUAAUCAAUCUCCUAAACAAAUGUGCUUCUCCAACUCACAUCCACCAAAUCCAAUCCCAAAUCAUCCUCCAUCAUCUCCAUUCCAACACCACACUUGCCUACCACUUCAUUACUGCCUCCCAAAACUUUUCCCUCUUACGCUCAUCCUUACCCCUCUUCUUCACCCACCUCCAUAGACCCCAUGUUUUCAUUUGCAACACUCUCAUCAGAGCCUUCUCUCGUAUCCAUGACCCUCACAUUCCUUACUCAAUUUACAUCCACAUGCACUACAACUCUAUCCUUCCUAAUAACUACACCUUCCCUUUUCUUUUCAAGUCCUUGUCGGACUGUAGGGACUACCUCAAAUGCCAAUGUGUUCAUGCCCAUGUCAUAAGAUUAGGUCAUUUGAAUGAUAUUUAUGUCCAGAACUCUUUGCUUGAUGUCUAUGCUUCGUGCGGUUACAUGGGGUUGUGCCGUGAAGUGUUUGAUGAAAUGUCUGACAGAGAUGUUGUGUCGUGGACUGUUUUGAUUAUGGGGUACAGGAAUGCUAAGAAUUAUGCUGAUGCUUUAAUUGCGUUUGAGAAAAUGCAAUAUGCGGGCGUGGUGCCUAAUCAUGUUACUAUGGUGAAUGCAUUGGGUGCGUGUGGGAGUUUUAGAGCGAUUGAAAUGGGUGUUUGGAUACAUGAUUUUAUAAGUAGGAAUGGAUGGGAUUUGGAUGUGAUUUUGGGAACUUCUUUGGUUGAAAUGUAUUUGAAAUGCGGGAGGAUUGAUGAAGGGUUGAAUGCUUUUAGAAGCAUGAAAGAGAAGAAUGUUUUUACUUGGAAUGUUGUUAUUCAAGGGCUAGGUUUUGCUAAAAGCGGGCAGGAAGCUGUUUGGUGGUUCAACAGAAUGGAGGAAGAAGGAUUCGAGGCGGAUGAAGUCACUUUGGCUAACGUGCUUAAUGCUUGCAUCCACUCAGGGUUGGUUGAUAUGGGUCGACAGAUAUUUAGUUCUUUGAUCAAUGGAAAUUAUGGAUUCUCGCCUAGUCUGAAGCAUUAUGCAUGUAUGAUUGACCUCUUGACACGCGCCGGUUGUCUUGAUGAAGCUUUCAAAUUAAUCAAAGAAAUGCCUUUUGAACCCUCGAAGUCUAUCUGGGGAUCAUUUCUGACUGGUUGUAGAGCUUGUGGAAACUUAGAAUUAAGUGAGCUUGCAGCUAAGAAGCUUGCGGAACUGGAGUCAGAUAAUGGCACUUAUUUUGUUUCUCUAUCUAAUUUAUAUGUUGAGGUGAGAAGAUGGAGUUAUGUUUCAAAAGUGAAGGAGGUAAUGAAAGAAAGGGAACUUGAGAAGGACUUUGGUUGUACUUCUGUUGAAUCUGGAGUCUGGAACAUGAUUAUGAAUUGCUGAUGCAAGGAGUCUCUUUGCCUUUUCAUGCACAGAAAUAGCAUCCACUUCUGUGCACUAUAGAUAUUAACCAAGCCAUGUCUAAUGUGAUCUUGAUGCCCCUGUCAAUGCUUUGUCGUUGACAAAUACUGACUUUAAGGACUGAUUUUUACUGUCCGACGGUCUAAUAGUUAUAAGACACUGAAGCCACCGGCAACUUUUUGCAGCAAGCCUUACUUAACUCUCCACCUGCCAUUGGCAUUCUGAAUUCAUUACAGGUUAACAAUUAGCAUCAGGAACUGUUCCUAAUAGUCUUCAACCCUUUAUGUUCGGAGGCUGGAACUUGACCAGAUCGUUGCAUCAUCCUGAGAAACAGAUGCUACAUGGUGACAGAACUUCGGGAUUUUAAGAAACGCAUUGUCGCACUCCCUCUUGACAGAACAUUGUCUGGUGACCUUGUAAACAAUGAGUGCAUGACGUGGUCAAUCUUCCAGGGAAGAUUCAUUUGGGUAUGUGUCAGGAAGUCGAAAUGGUGUUGUGGAUGGGCCGAAAAACUAUCCUAUCAUUUUUAAAUACAUUAAAAUAAUAAUAUUUUUUAAUUUUUAAAA